AUGAAGAGGUGCGUGGGUGUAGCCGCCCGGUCGUCGUGCUGGACGAGCAGCGUGGCGUCGUCGUCGCGCGGUGAAGCUUCGAGGCAACACACCAGUCGAUUGAUCUGCGCUCUCGGUGCUCCGUCGAGCUCAACUGUCAAGAUCGCGGGGCCAUCGACAUCGACUAUACUCGUUUCUACCAAUGAGCGCCUUUGGCCGUGCCCACCAAGUGGAUCACGGCCGCCAAUACGAAGAGCCUUCUCCUCGUACGCCGUCAGCUACGCGGCGCGUUCUUCCUCCAACGACGCCGAAGCUGGUCCCGCCUCCACUCCGCCCUCGAGACGCAACAAGCGCAGCACGACGGUGGCAUACGACUCGCUUCCCGCCUCGGUCCUCGGCGACGACGGCCACCCCCUCGUCGCCCUCCCAACCAUCACCCCGCCCGCCCCUCGCAGACGUCGCACCAAACCUACAUCUCCCCCAUCCUCCACCGUCAAUUCAUCCCCAGUCGAACCGCCCGUCAAGUGGCCCCGGCUAGCCCAAUCCGUAUUGGACGACAUGGCUCUCUACCCCUCGACCAUCCUCCUCACCCGCGUCGGCGGUUUCUACGAAUCCUACUUCUCCCAAGCUCCCCUUCUCGCUUCGACGCUCGGCAUCAAACUCGCCAACCGUCGCUGGGGCGGGCAAGACGUUCCCAUGGCCGGGUUUCCCAUCUUCCAGCUCGAAAAGUACCUCAAGAUCCUCGUGCUCGACAAGGGGUUGCUCGUGGCCAUCGCAGAAGAGUUCCGACCCGGCGGCGAGGGCGUGGGCAAUGCAGGCGAGAUCACGAGGAGGGUGACCAGAGUCGUGUCCAAGGGAACCUUGAUCGAUGAGAAGUUUGUCGAUCCGUUUGUGAACAAUUUUAUCGUGGCGGUGAGUUGCGAGGGUAGCAAAUGGGGGAUGGCGUGGUUGGAUGUGGGGACGGCCGAUUUUGGUACUGCGGUCUGUGAUGAUGCGAGCGGGGUGCGGGAUGAGCUGGCUCGUAUCGGGGCGAGGGAAGUGGUCAUCGACGCGGGGAGACUCGACGCAGGCAUCGUCGACGAGGGCGUCGAGGUGGACGUAGCACCAGAACGGGUGAACUUGGACGUGCGGGAGCUCGUCACAGAUCCCAGCGUGUACAUCUCGCACUUCCUUCCUCCCGCUCCCACAUCAUCCGGCCCCACCCCAGAAGGCUCGGCACCAGCCCCCUCACUCGACCCGCUCGAACAACGCACCGUCCACACGCUCCUCGCCUACCUCCGCACGCGCCUACUCGACACUUCGCACCCACUCACCUCGCUCACCCUCACCGCUCCCCGUCCACGCCAUCUGGAAACCAUGCACAUCGACGCGCACACGCUCGCCGCGCUCGAAAUCCGCUCCACCGGCACCGACGGCUCCACCCGCGGCGCGCUCUUCUCCGUCCUCCGACGGACCGUCACCAAAGGCGGCACGCGUCUCCUCCAACAAUGGCUGUGCAACCCCUCCACCUCGCUGGGCACCAUCAACGCGCGGUUGGACCUCGUCGAGCUGCUCCUCGCGCGGCGGGGGUUGCGGGAGGAUCUGCGCUCGACGCUGCGCACGGGAGCGGGCGAUGUGAGUCGCGUGCUGCAGAAGCUCGUUACGCGCCGAAAUGACGAGCAGGAUCUGCUCGAGGUGCGAGAUGCCAUCGGAGCCAUGGAACGGGUGAAAGAGCUGAUGGUCGCCGAGAUGGCGUUUCUUUCCGAUGAAAAGAGGACGACGCUGCAAGGUCUAGUGGACAAGUUGCACGAUCUUACGGAUCUAGCGCAGAGCUUGGGGGAAGCGAUCGACGAACGGGUGAUUGCGUUGCGAUUGGAACGGCAGGAGACGCUGGCGAAUGAGGUCGAGGGGUUGGCUGCGGACGGCGAGGCCUCGCGGUCCAAGGUGCGCGGUCUGGGCGAAGCGGGCAAGGCCAAGAGCGGAAACGACGACGAGAUGUGGGGGGAGGACUUUGAGCAUCUCAUCCGACCGGCGGCGUCCAAGAUGCUCACCAGCCUGACAAAGUCGCACCAGACGCUGCGACGAAGCGCGCGUCGGCUCGAAGGCGAGUUUCAGCGUGCGUAUGGUAGCGACGCCGUCUCGCUACGGUACGUCCUGGGGCAAGGAUAUGUCGUCCAUUCUCGCGGCAAAGCUCUCCCCUCCACGCCCCCGCACGCCGAGUCGGGAGGAGAGGAGUUGCAGGUGCACAUCGCCGGCAAGAACCGCUCCACCCACACGUACUACUCCCCGCAAUGGACCAGUCUCGGUUCGCGGCUGGACAAGCUUCGCAAAGAGAUCACGUCGCUCGAGUCGAUUGAGCUCGAGUCCCUCCGUCAGUCGGUCCUCACCUCAGCAUCGCAGCUGCGAACCAACGCCAAGCUGCUCGACCAGCUCGAUGUGCUUUCGUCCUUCUCGCAGGCAGCGGAGGAGUACUCUCUCACGCGACCCCUCCUGGACGAGUCGUUGGACCUGGACAUCCGCGCUGCGCGCCAUCUCAGCGUCGAAAUGGGACUUCUCGAACGAGGGCGGUUGUUCACGCCCAACACGCUUUCUCUCCAUCCCGACGCGCGGAUGAAUGUCAUCACAGGCCCGAACAUGGGUGGCAAAUCCACCUUUCUCCGCUCCAUCGCGCUGGUCACCAUCCUGGCCCAGAGUGGGUGUUUUGUCCCCACCGCCCCUGGGAGUCGACUUGGUCUGGUGGAUCGCAUCUUCACGCGCAUCGGUGCCAACGACGACGUCUUUCGCGAUCGAAGCACUUUCAUGGUGGAAAUGUCGGAAGUGGGUGAAAUCCUCCAUCGCGCCACGCCGCGGUCGUUGGUCAUCGCAGACGAGAUCGGUCGUGGAACAUCCAACCUCACCGGCAUCGCUGUAGCCUAUGCGACCCUGCGCACGCUCUGGGAGAAAGGAUGUAGGACGUUGUUCGCAACGCACUUUCACGAGGUGUGCGACUUGGUCCAGCAGGGCCAUUGGGACGGCGUCGAGUUUUGGAUGACCGAUGUGGUGGGAACCAGAGAGGGGAUCGUGUACGAACACGUGCUGCGCAAGGGCGUCAAUAGGGAGAGCUACGGAUUGGAGGUGGCCAAGCUGGCCAAUGUCCCGGAGCAAACGCUCGCCGUGGCAAGGCAGACACUCGACAGGCUGCAGCACAAGGCUGACAGGUCAAACUGA